AUGGAUUUCCUCUCGUUUGGUUGCAUAAGGAAAGGAGAUGGGAAGAAGAAAUCAACAUGGAGAAUAUUUUCAUUCAAGGAACUACAUAGUGCUACAAACAAUUUUAAUUAUGAUAACAAACUUGGCGAAGGUGAAUCUGGAACAUUCUAUUGGGGCCAACUUUGGAAUGGAUCUCAAAUUGCAGUGAAGAGGUUUAAUAAAGUGGAUAAAGAAAGAGAAUUUGCGGUUGAGAUGGAGAUACUUGCAAGAGUUCAACACAAGAACGUGGUUAGAUUUCACGGGUAUUGUGCAGAAGGACAAGAGCGUUUAAUCGUAUACAACUACAUGCCUGGUAGAGAUUUGAUGUCUCAUCUUCAUGGGCAAAAAUCUACUCGAUCCCUUGAAUGGAGCCAGCGCAUAACUAUUGCCAUUGGAUCCGCAGAGGGAAUUGCGUAUCUUCAUCAUCAUGCCACCCCGCGCAUAAUCCACCGAGACAUCAAACCAAGUAGCAUCUUGCUAGACUCGGAUCUUAACCCAUCACUAGCUGGUUUUGGCAAUGCAAAACUAAUCCCAGAUGGUGCAACGCACGUGACCACUGGAGUAAAAGGCACACUGGGGUACCUUGCCCCAGAAUAUGCGAUGUUAGGGAAAGCCUCAACUUGUUGCGACAUUUACAGCUUUGGAAUCCUCUUGCUUGAGCUUGCUAGUGGCAAAGAACCUGUCGAAGAUAUGAGCACAACCACCAAACAUUCCAUAACAGACUGGAUUUUACCAUUAGCCCGUCUAAGGAAGUUCAGUGAAAUUGCAGACCCAAAGCUAAAAGGGAACUAUAUUAAAGAAGAGCUGAAAAGGGUAAUCAUUCUUGCACUAAUGUGCACUCACUGUCAACCAGAGAAGAGACCUACCAUUCUCGAUGUGGUCCAGUUGUUGAAAGGAGAGUCAGAAGAGAAGCUGCUUGUUUUAGAAAAUGAUAAGCUGUUCGACGCACCUGAAGCUAUGUUUCAAUUUCUAAAGCAUCCGACUCCUGAUCAAGCACCUGACAGAGAUCCAUCACCAAAUUCUCGUGGACCUUGUGCCACAAGUGAGAAUCAAUAA